AUGAGCGAGGCGAGCCGGGUGUGCUCGGGCUACUACAGCCUCAACCACAGCUUCGUGGAGCCCUUCGAGUGUCCCCGGAGCGGCGAGGGGGCCGCCCUCCUCUACUGCUGCGGCUUCGCCGACCUCAAGUACUGCUGCAGCGAGCCCGGCAGCUACUUCCCCUACAAGCACAGCUAUAUGUGGAGCCUCAGCAUCGGUGCCCUGGUUGGCCUGGGAACUGCUGCCCUUGUUCUACUUGCCUUUGUCAUCAGCGUCUGUGUCCUUUGCUACUUAUUUCUGUAUACAAAGCCCCGAAGAUUAGACACUGGCCUUAAACUUCAACACCUAGAGACUUCUACCACUCAAGAAGGCAACCCAAACAGGAAAGCCAAUGCCCCCAAUUCAAAUGCAGCAUCAAACUCGACAAUGGAAACAUCCUAUGAAGCUGAUGACAUGAAUCAAGAGCCACCGAUGGAGACGACACAAAUCAGCACUGUGUAUUAUUAAAAAGCCUGUGCUGUAAAAGCUCACUG